AUGGAGGAGGUCACGGAGGGAGUGAACAAUCUGGCGAUUACGGAGCCGCACAAGAAGAACAGGAUCCAGGUCUCCAACACCAAGAAGCCUCUAUUUUUCUACGUCAACCUCGCCAAGAGGUACAUGCAGCAGCACGAGGAGGUGGAGCUCUCGGCCCUUGGCAUGGCCAUUGCCACUGUGGUUACUGUUGCUGAAAUUCUGAAAAAUAAUGGGCUCGCUGUUGAAAAGAAGAUCAUGACAUCCACAGUUGAUGUCAAGGAUGAUUCAAAGGCCCGCCCUAUUCAGAAAGCCAAGAUCGAAAUAGUGCUGGGCAAGACAGAUAAAUUUGAUGAGCUGAUGGCGGCAGCUGAUGCAGAGAGGGAAGCUGCCGAGGCAGAGGAACAGAGCUAA